AUGUCAUCAUUGCAGACUGAGCUUGCGGAAAGAAAGAGAAGACUUGAAUUACUGAAAAACAAGGCAUCCAAGAAAUCUGAACGACCUUCUUCGACUAGGGAUGAUAUAAUUACAGAUUCAUCUCUUUCACUGGAGGAGAGGAAUUCAACGCAGGAAACAGAACUUCAGGGGGCUCACAAUCUGGCUAGUGAUGGAAUAGCUUUCAGGGGAACCUCUUCGCGAGCAUUUGGUUUGGAAACAGCAGAGACGUUGUCUGCCAAAGUUCAAGCACAGAUCCUUUCUCAGAUCGAACACAAGACAAAUAAUCCUAGAACGGAAUCAAUAGAUACUGUCUCAGAAGUUAGUAUAGAUGGUAAUGCCGAUGAAUUAAAUACGACUGCACCAAAGCCUACAAGUGACUUGGAAGAAAAGCUGAAACCAGAAUUGGAUGUUUUACAACAACGCACGGAUGAGGCUAUCAAACGUCUCGUAAGGCGAAGGCUACUAGCGCAAGCCAAGGAAGAAGAUUGA